GUAUACUGUUACAAUACUACAGUAGAAAGUCAGAAGGUCACAAAGCUUGCAGGGUAACUGACACAAUUUGAAACUGCUUGGCCCCCUUUAAAAAGAAAUAAUAAAAUGGGAGAGAAUGAAGCAAGUUUACCUAACACAUCUUUGCAAGGUAAAAAGAUGGCUUAUCAGAAGGUCAAUGCAGAUCAAAGAGCUCCAGGACAUUCACAGUAUUUAGACAAUGAUGACCUUCAAGCCACUGCCCUUGACUUAGAGUGGGACAUGGAAAAGGAGCUGGAGGAGCCUGGUUUUGACCAGUUCCAGCUAGAUAGUGCUGAGAAUCAGAACCUGGAGAAUCCAGAGACUGCAGACCUCAAUCUUGAUUCCAUUCAACCAGCAACUUCACCCAAAGGAAGGUUUCAGAGACUUCAAGAAGAGUCUGACUAUGUAACCCGUUAUACAAGAUCUGCACCAAAGAGCAACCCCUGCAAUUUUUGCCGCCUUUUAAAAAUACUUUGCACAGCCACCGUUUUAUUUAUUUUGGGGAUUUUGAUAGGCUAUUAUGCACAUAAAAAUUGCCCUUCAAAUGCUACAACUUCAGGAACGCUUGAUCUUCACUUAUACCAAGAGAUUCUCAAGACAAUCCAAGCAGAAGAUAUUAAGAAGUCUUUCAGAAAUUUGGUACAACUGUAUAAAAGUGAAGAUGACAAAGAAAUUUCAAAGAAGAUUAAGAGUCACUGGACUUCCCUGGGCCUAGAAGAUGUACAGUUUGUAAAUUACUCUGUGUUGCUUAAUCUGCCAGGCCCUUCUGCCAGCUCUGUGUCUCUGAGCAGCAGUGGCCAAUGCUUUCAUCCUAAUGGCCAGCCUUGCAGCGAAGAAGCCAGAAAACACAGCAGCCAAGAUCUGCUUUACUCAUAUGCGGCCUAUUCUGCCAAAGGAACUCUCGAGGCUGAAGUCAUUGAUGUGAGUUAUGGGAAUGCAGAUGACUUAAAAAGGAUACAAAAUGAAAAAUACAACGAAUAGAUUGCACUCCUGAAAUUAGGAAAAUUGCCAUUACUUUAUAAGCUUUCUUUAUUGGAAAAGGCUGGAUUUGGUGGUGUUCUUCUAUAUAUUGAUCCUUGUGAUUUACCAAAGACUGCAAAUCUUAGCUAUGAUACCUUCAUGGUGUCACUGAACCCAGGAGGAGACCCUUCUACGCCUGGUUAUCCAAGUGUGGAUGGAAGCUUUAGGCAAAACCGAUCAAACCUCACAUCCCUGCUGGUGCAGCCCAUUUCAGCAUCUCUCGUUGCAAAACUGAUCUCUUCACCAAACAGCAGAACCAAAAACAGUGUCUGUAGCCCUCUAGAACUGCCAAACAACGAUCAGAGAAUUGUCAGCAUGCAAAUUCAGACAGUUACCAAAUUCAAAACAGUUACUAAUGUUGUUGGAUAUUUAAAGGGCUUGACAUCUCCAGAUCGGUAUAUCAUAGUUGGCAGCCGCCAUCACACUGCAUACAGUUAUUAUGGACAAGAAUGGGCCAGCAGCACUGCCAUAAUCACAGCUUUUAUCCGGGCCUUGAUGUUAAGAGUUAAGAGAGGGUGGAGACCAGACCGCACAAUUGUUUUCUGUUCAUGGGGAGGAACAGCUUUUGGCAAUAUUGGCUCAUAUGAAUGGGGAGAGGAUUUCAGGAAGGUUCUGCAGAGAAAUGUUGUGGCUUACAUUAGUCUCCAUAGUCCCAUAAGGGGUAACUCAAGUCUAUAUUCUGUAGCUUCACCAUCUCUUCAGCAACUGGUGGUAGAGAAAAAUAAUUUCAACUGUUCCAGAAGAGCUAAGUGUCAAGAAACCAAUGUCAGUUCUGUACAGAUAGAAGGUGAUGCUGAUUAUUUCAUCAACCAUCUUGGAAUUCCCACCGUGCAGUUUGCCUAUGAGGACUUCACAGCAUUAGAGGGUCCAAGUUUUCUCUCUGAAGCCCUUUUCCUUAAAGGUGCAACAAAAAUUGAAGAAAUGGAUCCUUUUUUCCACCUUCAUGAAACCAUUACCAAGCUCUCGGGAGAAGUGAUUUUGCAAAUUGCCAAUGAACCAGUUCUGCCCUUUAAUGCUCUUGAUAUAGCUAUAGAAGUUCAAAACAGUCUUAAAGGUGAUCAACCCUACACUCAUCAACUGCUAGCCUUGGCGUCACGCCUGCGGGAGAGUGCUGAACUCUUCCAGUCAGAUGAGAUGCGUCCUGCUAAUGAUCCCAAGGAGAGAAUUCCAAUCCGUGUCCGAAUGCUGAAUGACAUACUCCAAGACAUGGAGAAAAGCUUCCUGGUAGAGCAAGUGCCACCAGGUUUUUAUAGAAAUAUCCUGUACCACCUUGAUGGGAAGACAAGCCAGUUUUCAAUACUCCUGGAGGCUUCGGAGCACUGCAAGUUACUUGCAUCAAAUGAGACCAUUCAGGAAGCCCUGUCAGAGGUGUUGAACAGCAUUAAUUCAGCUCAGGUUUACUUUAAAGCAGGACUUGAUGUGUUCGACAGUGGUCUUGGUUGGAAGAACUGAGGAAAACUCUCAGCAUUUUAAGAAGUUUGUUUACAAUUCCUCAAGCAAAAGCUCUAACCUAACCAGAUUUUCUGACAUUGAAGACUUUCCCCCCAAUGACUUUUUUACAAUUCCAAAGCUAUUAUGACGUUGUAUUUUUAAAUGUACAUAUAAAAGAGCAUUUUGCACAUUUAAUAUUUUCUUAUAUCUACAUCUCUGAAUAUGUAAAAGCAAGUUAUUGAAAUAAUACCUAAGGUUUAUCUAUUAAAAAGAAAUCUGCUGUAUUUUUAUAUAUAUGAAAUAUUUGGGGGGCAAAGUUCCAAGAAGUUCUGGACAAUCUUCAAUUCUAGGGAUAAACCAUGUAGGAACAGAAGUUAUUCCCUAUGUUACAGCUAUUAAUGACCUAGUUUCUGUAAUAGAAAUGGAAAGUUGAUAUGGUUCAGAUUAACUUCACUAAUAAGUAUUCAAUAUGAAGAAUUCAAGUAUUCCGACUGAAUGAUUGGUCGACCAAAACCACUUUGAAUGUUUCUAUUUUAUGAAAUGAAGUGCCUGUUCAUAAUACAACUAGAUGUAGUAAUACACUGUUAUGAAAUUGUAUUUUUUUAAGUAUUAAUGAAAAAAAGAGCCAUAAACAUUCCAGGGGAAAAUCUCAAAGUAGCUGCACAGAGCAAUUUAAAUGCAAAUUUUUUCCUAACAACUUAUAAGGUGACUAGCUUUGAAACCCCUAAUUUGCCUCAGUUGAUUUUGUAAAAAUUACAGGAGUGAUAUAUGUCUUAUGAGGGAGAAAAUAUUUCUUAUUUCUUCUGUUCGUUCUGUAGGAAGCACUGAAACCUAGCUACUCUGAAAUGAAAGCAUUUUGCAUUGUUCUUCCUACCUGUAUCUCUUCUGAAACUCCUUCCUGGAAGGCAGUUUUAACAGAAUACCAUGUAAUUUCCACAGGAAAGUAGCAAAGUUUUCUUUGAAAACCCAAACUAUCUUAAAAAGCACCAAACUGCUGUUUCUGCCACUGACACAAAGGACUCACAAUGAAAGAAAUAGCUGUUUGAUCAAUGAAAAACUUCUUAAUUCUGUGAAGAAACUUUUGAUAUUUUUCCUUCUUUAUCCUUCAUUGUGACUAAGAUGCAAAAGUAGAAAAUAUUCAUGCUUCUAAUUUUAUGCAGAAAAUACAGUGUUACUACAAGAGUGUGUCUUUCCCACACUUCGAUUCUUCUCUCAUGUGGAAAAUGAAGUUUUUCAUGUUGACACUGUCAUGGAAUGGCCCUAGCAUCCACUAUUCCCCAAAAGCCUACAAUUCUUUCUAUUGGAUGACAGUUUAAACUGUGAGCUUCUCUUUAGAAAUGUUCUUCUGGUAUUGAAUAAAGCGAUGCCUCCUAGGAAGCAUAUCCUCAGCAUAUUUUAUGUGAACUGUCUGUACCUAACACUGCACUCAAACACACUUCCCAUUUAGAUACAAGACAGAACAAGAUUCCAGACAAUGCUUGUAUGUCUAAACGACAGACAUUUAGAUACAUUCCAGACAAUGCUUGUAUGUCUAAGUCUCCGAUGUUUAUGGAUAAGCAUAAACCUACUCUUCAUUUCAAAGAAAGCGACAGUUGAGGGGAAAGAAUUAGUCAGUAUUGAUUAAUUGAUUUAUAGGGGUCAGCUGUUGCUAUCAUAAGUAAUGUGUAUAAGCUCAAGGCAAAGAGGAGAAUUGAUGUAAUUAGCUAGAUAAUUCAAGCAGAAAUCCAUUUUCAUAUGAAUUGCCUGUGUGAGCAUAUUUUUAAAUGACAAAUGAAACUACCUUACAAUGUUUUUUUUUUUUAAACCAAUGUACUUGCUUGAAAAUAUUUCUCAUGUUGAAGAGUAUCUACAGGGAAAGGUUCCAAGGAGCAGUCACCCGUGAGCCUCAGCAUCAGCUCCCUCUCUUGCUCCACAGAAAUUAGCAGCAGAACAGAGGUGAGAAGACACAGACAUGUUUGGGGCCAAAAAAGAGAGUGUUGAUACCAAAGGGUCUCCAACAUUUAACCAAACUUUGGUGUAUUCAUUCCAGUUCUUCAUUUGGAGUUGAAGUUACUUUAAAACAACAUUUUGGAGUUGGCGCUGAGUUUAAAACAACAAAAACAAAUUAUUACUUUUGUAGUUUAUCAUUUAAUUUCUCAAUGUUUAUUCAUUUUUUUUGAGGUUAGAGAGACAUGACAUCAGU